AUGACGAUGACAAUGCCCAUGAAUAUCAUGAGGCUUGGCUACCCUGCACUAGAUCUCUCGUGUUGGGAUGGCUUGCUUAAACUCGACACUGACUCUAAGAAAGCUGGCGGCUCAAGCGGUGAUCUAUUGGAUAUAGAGGCAGAGAAACAAUCUCCUGCACAACCAGAUAUCACUACCAACGGAAAUCAUCUUCAGAGAUAUUGA